AACACUCUCAAAACUAGCUACCUUUACAGAGGGCAUUCUGAUACUUGGAGGAGAUUUCAACCUACCCUUAGACCCAUUAGCUGACUCCUCUACUGGACACAGCACAAUAACACAGGCAGCGAUCAGAAGGAUUCGCAAGACGCUCCAGGACAUAAGAUUGGUAGAUACAUGGCGAACACUCAACCCGGAUGGCCAAGACUAUACCUACUACUUGCCCUUUCACAGACGCUAUUCACACAUAGACUACAUCUUCAUACAACAAGAAGGCCUCACCUCCCUAAAGAAAGCUGAAAUCAGGCCCACUCCAUGGGCAGAUCACAGCGAAACUUCCAUACACCUGGACUCCCCACUCUUUAGACCCGCCCGAACGGCAUGGAGCAUGAACGAAUUGCUGCUUCUAGAAGUACUA